AUAAGUGACUGAUCUAUGAAAUGGCAGAAAAUGGAACAGAUUGUGACCAGAGGCGCUUAGGAAUGAACAAAGAACAGCACAAUGGGAAUUUUACAGAGCCUUCUUCGUCAAAUGGACAGAAGCAAAAAGAGCGAGAAGUACGGCAGAGUAUUGUACUCUGGAGGAAGCCGGUCAUUACCAUGCAGUAUUUUUUCCUGGAAACGCUAAUAAACUUGAAAGAAUGGACCAUAAAAUUGUGGCACCGCCGGCGUAUCAUGGCGUCUCUUUUAGUGCUACUUGCGGUUCUCACAUCUGCGUAUUAUAUUGAAGGAGCGCAUCAACAGUAUGUGCGGUAUACGGAGAAAAAGUUCUUAUGGUGUGCCUACUGGGUAGGCUUAGGCAUUCUGUCCUCGGUUGGACUUGGAACGGGUCUUCAUACCUUUCUGCUCUAUUUGGGUCCACACAUAGCUUCAGUGACUCUCGCCGCGUAUGAAUGUAACUCUGUGGAUUUCCCUGAGCCCCCCUACCCUGACCAAAUAAUCUGCCCUGAUGAGGAGGGAGUUGAAGGAUCAAUUUCGUUAUGGACCAUCAUCUCCAAAGUCAGGCUGGAGGCCUGCAUGUGGGGUGCCGGUACGGCUAUUGGGGAGCUGCCUCCGUACUUCAUGGCCAGAGCAGCCCGCCUUUCUGGAGCAGAGCCCGACGACGAGGAGUACCAGGAAUUUGAAGAGAUGCUGGAACACGCGCAGGCUGCACAAGACUUCGCCUCCCGUGCUAAGCUGGCGGUCCAGAACCUCGUGCAGAAAGUUGGCUUUUUUGGCAUCCUGGCGUGCGCCUCAAUUCCAAACCCUCUCUUUGAUCUGGCAGGGAUAACAUGCGGACACUUUCUGGUACCCUUCUGGACUUUCUUUGGUGCCACCCUGAUUGGAAAAGCAAUAAUCAAGAUGCACAUCCAGAAACUUUUUGUGAUUAUAACGUUCAGCAAACAUAUAGUGGAACAGAUGGUAUCUCUAAUUGGUGCCGUCCCCGGUGUAGGUCCUUCCCUUCAGAAGCCCUUCCAAGAAUAUUUGGAAGCCCAGCGGAUGAAGCUGCGCCACAAGGCGGAUGGAGCGCCCCAGGGUGAAAACUGGCUCUCGUGGACGUUUGAGAAACUGGUCAUUGUGAUGGUGUGCUAUUUCAUCCUGUCGAUCAUUAACUCCAUGGCUCAGAGUUACGCCAAGCGACUCCAGCAGCAAAUGCACUCUGAGGAAAAAACCAAAUGAGCUGCGGAGGCAAAGGGAGGGGAGGGGUGAGCCCCAAACUUAAUUUGGACAUCCAG